AUGACCGACUCCCCACUCCCGCGGAUCCCGCUGGAUCCGAAAGAGCAGCCCAUCCUCGACAAGCUGCAGUCUAUACGGACGGAGCUUGAACUAUUGAAGCGUGAUCGGUCAACUUAUGUCAAGAGCCAAGAUGUCUUGAAAUUGUACGACCAAGUCAUCGAGCAGGUUAUGAUCCUCAACGAGAUACGCGAAACCAAACGUCUGGAGCAGAACAAAGUUGAUUACAUGCUUGACGACUGCUUUCAGCUCAUUUCACUUGCCUAUUUGACCGUCGGAAAGAACCACGAGCCACCAGCAGUAUACUCCUACAUCUCAACGAUCAAGCGCUUACUAGAUCACCUCAAAGAAGCAACCUUCUAUUCACAAAAGGACCUGGAAGCACUCGACAAGAACCUACAAGAUUGCCGACGAUAUGUUGAGAGAGGUCGAGAAGAGUACAGCCCUCAUUUACUUACCCUCCUUGACGCCCGCAUCAAGGUUUGCGAGGAGACGCUAGCAGAACUGAAGCUCAACUUGUCUGAGCUCACACCCGAGCUGACACCGAAAUGGGAGAAGCUGGUCUCAAUACUAAGAUCACUUUGCGGCUGCAACGCAAGGUCCAAAUUCCCACAUGAUGAAGUUGAGGAGUACUCAGAGGAGCUUAACAAACUUGACGAGGAAUUAAAAGAGUACGGCAUUCGUGCAUAUGAGACAGAAGGAACUACUGAAGAGAAGCUGGCCGAAAUGGUCGACAAAAUGCAACUCGCCACCGAACACCCUGAGCCGGCGCCAGACGCCAAGACACUCAUUGGCACCCUGCUACGACGCAAUCUGCUAUGGGUUACGUUGAUCAAGCAAAAGCAAGGACGUAUUGCGCCCGCUUUCAAGGAUACCUAUGACAAACUUCUUUCAAUACGAAACAAGCUCGAAAAGCUUACCCUAACUCAGGCAUGGUCUCUUCGUGAGACGGAUCUUUGGGACUUUCAGCGACAGCUUGAUCGUAUAGACGAAGCCCGAGUUGACGGUAACUUUGUCGAUGCGCUUGGACGGCCAUCGGAGAUUUACGAGCAGAGAACAUUGUUGUACCUUCUCCGGAAGAGCUACGCUCUCAUUUACCAACUGCUCUUGACAUCCGAGCCUGUAUCUGAGGCUCUACUGCCGAUUUACAACCAACUAACUACACUCCGAAAAUGCCUGCUUGAAGUCAAGAAGUUGGGAGGUGUAUCUUCACCAAGGGAGCUGUACCCCUACAGUAUGAAGUUAAAUUCCAUUGACAACAUGCGAGUAGACGGCAAGUUCAUGGUGGGCGACGAGAUACCUGAUGGCCAAGGUCGAGUGACGCAACUUCUGGAGGAAUGCUUCGAGCUCGCAUACGACCUGAGGAACGACGCCGAAGACAACAACAGCUCUGCUGAGGUUACACCGUCGACAGAAAAGCCUGAGCCUCUCAGCACAUGA